ACUGCGUCCCUCGUGUUGUCCCAUCAGCAACAGUAAAGGCUCAGGCUUUGGAGGGAACCCUGUUCCUUGUUCCCCGCCAAAAAUUACAUUUCAUCCACCAAACCUUUUAUGAUUUAUCCCUUCGUGAUUCUUUUUGGCUUCUCUCUAACGGCCAACGGGAACGCCACUCCGCCCAUGAGAAACGCUGUCGUUUAGUUCUCGCCAUUGGCAUGAGCGGUGUUUCUACAAAGUUUCCAUUACAGAAAGUAUUGGAUCCAUCUGAUUAUGGAGACUAGUUGUUUAAUUCAAGAACCCCAAAAGAAGCAGAAACUGAAUGAAGAAGAUGAGGACAUUGAUGGGAACAGCAAAUGCUUAAGUGACUUACCUGAGGAGAUUCUUCGACACAUCCUUUCCUUUCUUCCAACAAAACACGCUGUUAGGACAAGCGUGCUUUCUAAAAGGUGGGAAUAUCUAUGGGCUUCUAUUCCCAAUCUAGAUUUUAAAAGAUCCUUGCCAACAUAUUUUAAUGGUCCAAUUGAAAAGUACAAGAGUAAAAGAAGGCUUUUGAUGAAUUUUGUGGAAAGGGUGCUUUGUCUACGUGACUCCUAUGCUAUAAAACGAUUCACUCUCCCUUGUGAUGUGUUAGGUGAUGCUGCUCGUGUUAAUACCUGGAUUUCUGCCGUAGUAAGGCAUAAUGUUCAAGAAUUGAAUAUUUACCUUGACAAAUUCAAGGGAGAAUUUUCGCUGCCUUAUUGCUUGUUUACUUGUAAGACAUUGACAAGCUUACACCUUAAUAUGCCCUGUAUCCUCGAGCUUCCCACUACAAUUUGGUUCUCAAAUCUAAAGAACUUGACUAUCGAAUAUGUAACAUUUUCAGAUGAGUACUUAACCCAGCACUUAUUCUCUGGUCUGCCCGUCCUUAAGAAGUUAAGUUUAACCGAUUGCAGCUGGGGAGGUCUCAAGGUUGUGUGUAUUUCUGCUCCCAAGCUUCAUUCUCUGAGCAUAUGGGAAUCUGAGAGGCCAGAUUCGAGUUAUGGGGAUGGUUGUGAGGUUUUGAUUUUUGCAGUCCGACUCAAAGAAUUUGAAUACAGUGGUGAACUGUUCAUCAACUAUUGCUUAAACAAUUCAUUCUCACUGGAAAAGGCAGAGAUUACUGUUUUCUCUAAUAAUACAUCAGCUCAAGUUGCUCAUCGCAUGUAUAAACUUCUUAUAGGGCUCUCCAACGUAAAAUUACUGCAACUUUCCUGUGCGGUGGUUGAGGUUUUGAUAGAUGCAGCAGAACACCUACUUCAUAUGCCAAUGUUCAAUAACCUGACGGAUUUGAUAUUAUAUGACGGUUAUUGGUCAGUAGCUCUUGACAGUGUACUGUUGAGGAUAUUGCAUAAAUCUCCUUGUCUCGAAACUCUGAAAUUUUGGAAGGGGAUCAGAUUGUGGGAGAACGAUGAUUGGAUACUAGACCCAGUGCCUCCAUGUUUCUUGUCCCAUGUCAAAUGGAUUGAAGUUGGUGAUUAUGAUGGAGAUAGGGAAGAGUUUUCUGCUGUGAAGAUUUUGCUCAAGAAUGCUGUUGUUUUGAAUGAAAUAGUUAUAUUUUGCUCAGUGCACUUAAGAGGGAACUUAGAAAAGCAAGAGAAUCUCUACAAACAGUUGAUAGAGAUCCCUAAAGGGUCACGGAAUUGUAAAAUUGUUUUGAAAUGAGCCUUUCUUGAGCUCUUAUUUUUGAAAAAAUCCCUUAAUUCCUCUUCCUUGGAAGAUUAAAAGUAUGACUUGUUCUUGUUAGCCUUCUACCCUACCUAGGUAACUACUAACUUCUUGUUACAGAAUAUUGGUUUCUGUUAUUUGUGAUAAUUAGUUUUGAAUCCUUUAAGCUUACAAGUGUGCUAAUUUUAUGUGUUCAGUGUUUGUUUUUCUAUU